AUGGCCUCCACUGAUCAAGAGUUUGACCUCGGCCAGCCUUUUCAUCAUAAUCAUUCUUAUACGACCAUCACCCCUACCUGCUCACCCCAGAAGCCUCCAAUUCCCAUCAUUCGAACGCCGAUAGAUUCAUCUACCUCUUCACCUUCAAAACCCUCACCAGAUUCGUUUACCUCGACCACUCAGCCUAAGAUGAUUACAACUUCCACUCGAUCUACUCCUUACCAGCCUUCCAAGCUUCAGGUUCUCCUCCAACCCCCGUCCAUCUCAUCAAUACCUUCUGGCUCAACUCCCCCUCUGAAAAAAACUAUGCCUAUCCCAGCAGCUCAUCUAACUGCCGAUGUACUUGCUGCUUCGCGACGGUGGUUCUACACAUUCGCAUUGGUCAACUUUGAUUUGGACGAGGGGCCUGACUUUGAUAACUGUUAUCCCCCUGCCGAUUUUUCGUCUGCUCAGUUGACCAACAUCGCCUUCUCCUCGUUUCCGGACUGUGCCAAAACUGGUAGCUUAAUGUUCAGCUGGCGGAUACCCGCAAUUAAUCAUACCAGCUCUCAUCCUUCGCCUGCCACGAGCCUUGCUAACGAUCCAACGGUCACAACUUCCUCGCAAUAUUUGAGUCCUUUAUCUGCCUGUCUUACAUCAGGCGAACUUAGGCAUCAAACUACGUCCAUUCCGUCGGCCAAUUUCGACCUACAUGGCUAUGUUUACUUUGUUCAAGAACGUGACCCGGCAGCACCCAGGGGGUACAAUCAAAGGUCGUUGGUUCUCAUCACUCACCUCUCGGACUAUGCCGGUUUGUUCUCAACCCUCAUCUCGCGCUUGGGCCCUUUGUAUGCCUCCCAAGGACCCAGUGUACUGGAAGCUGCAGUUCAUAACAUGGCUCGCUGGCCCGAUCCUACUGCAGGCACUGUUCCUGAGUUGCCCUUCCUAGGGCAAGUGCAUACCUUUGCCAUUCCCCUGUCUAACCAAGCUCAACUCUUGGAGCCACGAUCACAAACCAAGUCAUGUCUACAUGGUGAAAUUCUUGCUGCUCCGCCUCUCACGUAUCUCAGUUCGAUUUUGUUUGGCAAUCAGGGUCACAUGUCACUUUCCUCCAUCUGGCUUCUUUGGGAAAUUCUAAUAUUGGCUGAGCCUCUAGUGGUCUUUGGAUCUAGUCCUGAUCUCGUCAGUGAAGCAGUGACCCAUCUGCGUAAUCUCAUCAGACCAAUCCCUUUUCAGGGUGACUGGCGCCCAUACAUCACCAUCCACGACCCUGAUUUCCCCAACCUAUUUAACAAGUCCAAGGCCCGCACUGGAGCUUUGAUAGGUGCCACCAAUCCCAUCAUCUUAUCCAACACACAGUAUUGGCCCCACGUUCUAUGCCUCUCUUCAAAGCAAGGCACCUUUGGCCUCACAACCGAACGCAAGCGACACCUUCACAAAGAUAAAAGCUUUGUGAAACAACUGGAUGCGUGUAUAGAGCGCAAAGACUCAGACGUACUUUUGUCCCGACACUUUGCCUUACUCACCGAGCAAUUCUUACAGCCACUUCAGCGGUAUUUCACGACACUUUUACCCCAAGACACAUCGCUCUCUCAACCGCGGCGACCUAGUUCCUUUAACCAAGACGUCUUUCUCAAGUCAUUGAAAGCACAUGCAACUUUGCUGGAGUUUCGCUUCAAAAUCUCGACUGGCCUCUCGAACUCGGUGGCUGGGUUUUACACGAAAUUCCUUCGGUCACCCAAUUUUGCAUCCUGGCUUCAUAGUCAGAUCGAUGCUGCUGCCGCUGCCGUCCGUGCUCGGUACCUAGAUAGACUUCAAUCCCCUAUUGAGCUAGAUAGUUGGGCCCAGGGAAAAACGCAGGAGCAGAUUCAUGAAUUGCUGGAACGCAUAGAGUCUGAAAUGGUUCUAUCCAAUGAAAUCACUACUACCAACCCUUCAUCACCUUCUACUCAUCCUCUCGACCUCAACUCAGAUGCUGGAGAUAUCUCACAUCCAGCUUCACCUAAUGCGACUGCCCCUGCAUCCAUCUUUCUUUCUCCUGCAUCCAUCUCGUCCCCUGCCAGCCACCAUAGUGGCAUAAGUCCAUCCGGACCUUCAGAUAUCAAACAACUUCGAAUCGAGCGUUUGCGGGCCCAAGCUGAUCGGCUGAGAAACAUCACGUUGCGUUCAUGA